UAACCUGCACCCAUAACUUCAAACUCUUAGAAGAAAUUAAAGAACGUACCUAAUUGUUAAGUACAUUUAAUACACUUAAUUAAGUAGUAAAUCGAUCUAAGGUUGUAAAAGACCUUUUUGUUAAGAAGAGGACCGUCGAAAAAUGGGUAGAGCACCGUGUUGCGACAAGGAUGGCCUUAAGAAAGGUCCAUGGUUACCAGAGGAAGAUCAGAAACUCAUCGAUUAUAUUCAAAAGAAUGGCCCUGGGAAUUGGCGAACUCUUCCUAAGAAAGCUGGACUUGAGAGAUGUGGAAAAAGUUGUCGACUUAGAUGGACCAACUACCUUCGACCAGACAUCAAGAGAGGAAGAUUUUCAUUUGAAGAGGAGGAAGCCAUAAUUCAGCUCCACAGUGUUUUAGGCAACAAGUGGUCAGCAAUUGCUGCUAAAUUGCCCGGAAGGACAGAUAAUGAGAUUAAAAAUUACUGGAAUACCCACAUAAGGAAGAGAAUGCUUAGGAUGGGUAUCGAUCCCGUGACCCAUACACGUCGGUUCGACUUUCUAGACCUACCUUCCAUUCUCAGCAAUCACUCUUCCUCCCUUCUUCAGAAUUCCUCUGAUCAAUUAAACUUGCUGAAUUUACUUGGAUUACAAAGCUUAGUCAACCCAAAUCUCUUGGGCCUUGCUUCUCUUCUCUCGAACAACCAAAACCAAAUCCAAAACCAAAACUUUCUACUGCAAAAUCUUCAUGCAAAUCAAAUUUCAAACUCUUCUGAUCAAAUCAUGGCACAAAACCAGUUCAUAAACAACAACAACAACAACAACAACAACCCCCAAAUUCAAAAUAUCGGCGAAACCAGCAACACAAUGAAACCAUGUUUAGAUCAAAACAACUUUGCAACAGAAGCUCAAACUGAUCAACAAUGGCAACAAGGCAUGCUUAGUACUACAGACAGUACUGCAGUAGGUAUUCAAGAUAGUGGUAAUUAUCAAGCGAUAGUUGACUCAUUCUUAGAAACUUUGGGUUUAAAAUCAGCAGAUAAUAAUAACAACAUGGCCAACAACAACAAGAAUCAUGACUUGAGAAUGCCUUCGUUGUUGUCAACGCCUUGCUCGAGCCAGCAGCAGACACCGCCAUUGAGUACAUCUAACUCGGCGGCGUGUCUGCCUAAUAGCAGUAGUACUACUAUUACUAGCAGUGGUGAAGAUGAAAUUGAUAGUUAUUGUGAGAAUUUGAUGAAUUUUGAUGGUCCACUACUUGAUAUGCUUUAUGAUAAUGUAUUGUAAAUUAAAGAAAUUUAAGUACUAUAGUGUUUGAUGUUUGUAGUAGUUUAGGUGAUCAUGUUGAUCAGUUUUUGCUUAAUUGAUGUAAUAUUUGGUUUGUUUUGGUACAUUUUGUAAACAGAUAAAUUUGCUUCAUUAGUUCAUUGUUUCGUUGAACGAGUUGAUA